GGUAAAAUAAAAUACUCAAAAGGCCGCGUUGUUCUUCCAAUAAUUUAAUUUAUUCGCGAACUUAUUUCGCGAAGACUUGACUUGUAAUUACUAAUCAGAAAAAAUGGCGAUGCAAAGGCGAACAAAUGUUCGUCUUCCGCCAGAAGUUAAUCGAAUUUUAUAUAUAAGAAAUUUGCCGUAUAAAAUUUCUGCAGAAGAGUUGUAUGAUAUUUUUGGAAAAUAUGGAGCUAUUCGACAAGUGCGCCUUGGCGUCACUCAAGAGACUCGAGGAACAGCUUAUGUUGUUUAUGAAGAUAUAUUUGAUGCAAAAAAUGCAUGCGAUCAUUUAUCAGGUUUCAAUGUGUGCAACAGAUACCUAAUUGUAUUAUACUAUCAAGCUAACAAAAUGUUCCAAAAAAUGGAUAAAGACAAAAAGCAAGAUCAAAUUGAUAAAUUAAAAACAAAAUAUGGCGUUACAGACACGCCUGAAAGAUAAAUUUGGUUUUUGUAGACUUUUUGACGCGGUAAUAUUAGUAUGAAAAUGAACGAAACUACGUGCGUUGGUA